AUGCUCGGCAAGAGAGGAUCACAGCCGGGCUCGCCGAGGACUUUUGCGUCGCCAAUACGGCUCAGGUCGCCCGAGACCCCGCUAGAUUAUGCGUCGGAGAUGGGCGCAAGGGAUGUCUUGACGGGGGAGCAAAAGGCGGUGGUCGUGCUGGUCAAUAAGGUCGUUAGCAAGCUGCCGUGUAACUCUGGGAAUCGGCUCGGGCUGGUGGAAGGGGAUGCAGGCGUACAGGCAAGCGUAGCCGCUCUCACGCGGAUGCGGUUAUCGCCGGCUGUACAGGCAUUAACCAGUGCUCUGGAACAGCUGUCCAAGAACUCGAUAGAGUCUCUCGAUACCCUCCACUCCCAAGUCUACCUCCUUCACGUCCUCCACCAGUGCCUGUCGGCGUCAUGGCAGUCCUCAUCCUCGCGGUCGCGCUCGGACCCUCCCCCACUCGACGACCCUAUCGCCCGGUAUCUCCUCACUACUAUCACAUCUUACACACAUCUGGUCGAGUCGGCGACCGCAGAGCCGCCAAAGCCUAGAGACACACCAAAUAGCUCGAUAGCCCGCCUCACCUCCAGCCUUUCGUCACAUACCCUCACGAAAUCGGUCUCGCGCCAUUCCUUCCAGGAGAGCCCAAAAUCUCGCGAUGGCGGAGGGGCGGGACCGGUCUCGACCGAGUGUGCAGAUACUGCCUCGGCAACGCGGCGGAUGCAGACAUAUCUCCGUCAGAUUGUCGCAUACCUGACGGCGUCCAAUUGGCCCAUCGUAUUCGCGAGAAUACGGAGUCGGAUACAGUACCUCUGUACGACAAUCGAGGAGUCGCCUGACAUCACGGAUGUCCGUCUCAUCGAAUGGGCAGAUCUGGACCGGCCGCGACUGGGACAAUUACUGCAGGAACUAUCGGCGUCCUUCCUCCACGUCAAGCGGCAUGCGCAGGUCAGCAUCGCCUCCGCUCUUCGCCAAGCUAUCUGGGGAUGGAUCGAGAACCACGCAGAUCAGUUCAAUCAACUCGUCGAGUCAAAUCGCAGACUAGAAGGCGGACCGGAUAUUCUAUUUGACCAUCUCAACUCGGCGUCCGACAUUGGCUCCUCAUCCUCGACCCGCCGCACCAAGGUGUUCUACCCCCUCAUGGCGAUGCUCCUCGUCCUCUGUCCAGACAUCUUCAGUCGGGUCUCGAUGGGCGAGACCAGUCGGAGCUCGAGUAUAGGCAAGAAGGCGAGCUUUGUGGAUAGCCUGCGGAAGGGAUUGAGCACGAGCAAGGGGUUCGAGACGGCCGCGAGUUGCUAUGUGGACUUUAUCGGCGUGGCGAGUAGACUGGAAGCGGAUGGGUCAGGCGUACGGACCUUGGUGGCGGAUACGCAGUCGGAUCUCAAGAAUGCGCUCUUUCAUGGGUCCGUCGAGGUUUCAGAUCCGGAGAUCAGGGUGCAAGGGCUCGUAGGGCUCUAUCGAGUCAGCGUCGGCGAUAGCUCCAUGUUCAACAAGCUCCUCGCGUCCGAUACACAUCGUCUGUAUGCUCUGCAGGCAGCGCGCAAGAUAGCAGAAGAGGGACAGCGGCUACAGCAUUUCCCACCGGUUGCCAGUCUACGAAACGAUCUCGCUGGGAUCGUGCGCGGGUUCAUAAGAAAUCACUCCUCAUCCUUCGCAUCGCCUGAGCUUCUCGAAGCGCUGGAGCUGCUAGUUGUCGAUCCGACUUACGCCUAUGCCGCAACGGACAGCUUUCCCGCCUUCCUGACUCAUCUGGGCUCGUUGGUGGUCGCGCCAUGCCCUGCCGCGGUCCGGACUUUGGCGAAUCAGGCGGUGGUUGAGAUUUUGGAGAGCAUGAAGGACAAGCCGAGUCUCACGAUACAAAGUGGAGCUGCAAUAUGUUCAGUCCUGGUCGAUGCCAGUCGCCAAACUCUCUCUGACUUUCAGACGUUACGAUGGGACGCAAUAUCCGAUUCGACAGCGGCCACCCGUAUGACCGUUCACGCAGUCUUACAUCUCGCCGAAUCUUGUCCGGAGGCCAUGACGACCUGCCCGCAAGCGAUCCCGGCUGUCUCAUUGACGGCUCAGACGGUGUUGACAACUCUCCUCGGGAUGGACCACCGCUCCGCCGCUCUCAGCCAGCCGAGCUUGGGUGCCGUCAAAGAUCUCUUCGCCUUGGUUCUGCAGCCCAUCAUGUCCAAACUCGAGCGUGAGGAUCCCAGACAUCCACGACUAGUGGAGAUGCGGAACCGACUUCUGGUCUACGACGCAAUGAUCUACAUGCCUCCAGCACAUGGUCGUCAACAUUAUCAGAAACAGCUACGCGCCGUGAUCAAGAAGCUCGAUCAGCCUACCGCCGCGUCCCUUGGUGUGUGGUACGGCUUGGAGGCAGCCUGGGUGCAGGUGUCGGCAAGGAUUGUGCAGAGUGAGGGCAGCGGGGGAGACAUUGCGCGUGUGGAUGAGGAGGACAUGCGAUUCUGGCACGAUACAUUAUCGGCGUUAUGCGCAUUGGGUGUCAUCAUGAUCUCGAGCCAUGAUCCCGGUCCAAGCACCGCGGCUAUGAUCGGCGCCCAUCUUCUUCCCGCCUAUUGCAACUCGGACCAGCCGAACCGAGAGCGAUUCCAGUCAUUCAUCCGAGACUGUGUCGCCAUGUUUUGUUCACCAAGCGUGCCGGUGCGCGAGGCCAUCAAGGAGGCCCUUGGUGCCGACUUGCCCAUCAGCGCUGCUCCGAUCCUGUUUGACCAAAUCCAUCGAUCCGCUGCUCUACUUCUCCCCGAUAGCGAGAAUGCUACCGUCUUCACCGAGCAGGCCGUCUCCAUCCUCCGCCUCAUGCUCGACCGGAUGCCGCCAGGCGAUGAGGUGGAUAUCGGGGAGCUCAUCAUGGUGUUGGGGCGAUACAUCCACCGCUUGGGACGGGGCGACGUUGCAGUCCGGAUGAAGACCAAGUUUUGCAAUGUCGUCGAGCUCGCUUCGACUCGUACGUCGCUGAAUCAGCGGUUCGGCAACAAUAUCCUGGAUGAUAUACUGGAAUGGAGUGAUGUCAAGGCCGAACAUCUAGAAUACAGUGCCCUGAAAGCUCUCGUACCCCUUACGGACGGCCUUUCGCUGCAGACAUCAGAAGAUUCGCAGUCGGCCCGACAAUUCCUCCGCGCCUAUACCUUCCUCAUCCACGUCAUCACCACCGACGAGCGGUCAAAUACUACCCCAGUGGGAACAUCAUCCACUUCCCUAGCCAUCUCCGUCCUCAGCAAUCUCCUCGCCGCCAACGUAGAUGUCGGUCUACAGCACUGCCUCGCUCUCGGCUAUCAUCGCGAUCCCGUCAUCCGCUCGGCCUUUAUGCGAAUCAUGACACAUACCCUCCAACAUGGUGCUCGAUUCGGCUCGCUCGCUACGAAGCGGAUGUCGACGAAAUCACGGCCAUACCUCGAUGGCCUGAAUCUGUCUUUGGCGGUAGCCGUCGUCGACGUCUGCCCGGCGAGCGAGGUGGACGAGUUGUCGAUGGUGCUGUUCCGGACAUUUGAGGCAAAGGGAACGUUACUGGCGUUUCUGCGCGUCUUGAUUGAGCGGGAGGUCUCGCAGACGAACCACGAGUCGGAACUGUUUCGUGCCAACUCGAUGACGACCCGUCUCCUCACUCACUUUGCCCGGACAUACGCGUACAACUACAUCCGCGAGACGCUCCAGCCUCUAAUCUACUCGUUGAUCGAGAAGCCGGCCGAGACUUCUUUCGAGCUGGAUCCCGCCAAGGCUGGCCCGAACGAUAAUGUCGACAGGAACGCCGAGCACGUCAAGCUCAUGUGUCAAGCCCUGUUGGAUCUGAUCUACGCCUCCGUCUCGAAAGCCCCUAUAAUGCUCCGCGUCAUCUCGCAUUAUAUCUGGGAAGCGGUCGAGGACGUCUUUCCUGAAUCUCGCCAUUCCGCCGUCGGAUCGUUCGUCUUCCUCCGCUUCUUUUGCCCGUGUAUAGUCGCCCCGGAGAAUAUGGAGCUGGACGUGCCGGCCGACUCGAGGGAUCUUCGGAAGGGGCUGUUGGUGGUGACCAAGGUGAUCCAGAAUCUGGCCAAUAACGUCACGUUUGGGAAUAAGGAGCCGCAUAUGAAGGCACUGAACCAGUUCCUGAGGGGCAACAUCACCGAGAUCACAAAGUAUCUGUCUGAUAUAGCUAUACGCCCAAGAAGUCACGAGAUAGCGGCUGCGAUCAGAAAGUCGAGGGAUGAUGCGGAUAAGCUGCAAGAUCCGGACAUGGACGAUCUGACAUUACACAACUUCAUUCGCAAGCAUAUCGGACGACUCGGCGUUGCGCUCAAUCAGCUGCCACCUUCUUUUCGGACACAUCGGCCAGAAAGGACACCGCUGGAUGGUCCAGCUGCCCUGGCGCAGAUCCAAGCGAUCAUGGAUGAGACUGGGCCGCCUUCGGAGACGAUCAAGCUGGAUCCGUAUACUCGGACGAGGAUAUUCGAGGACUAUAUGAAGCAGAACUCGGGACGGAGUACAGAUAGUGUCCAGUCGACCUUUUAUGAGGGUCCAGCCGGACAGUCUGGCAGAAGAAUAUUCUAUUUCGUCGCUGCCAAUAUCGGCGUCGCAGAUUACGAUCUCUUCGCGUACCACGCCUUCCAGGUCAUGUUUGAUGCGACAGAGCCGUUUGAUAUUAUCUUUGACAUGACGGGCUUUGCAGCUGCCAACGAUCUCCCGCUCCCCUGGCUCAAGCGGAUGAUACAGAUGUGCCCGCCUGCCAUCAUCGCUUCUGUACACACCAUCGCUCUGUACAACCCCAACACCUACACCCAGCGCCGGCUCCGCCGAAUCGUCUCGGAGCUCUCGCCUCUCUGCGGCAGUGUCCCAAAGCACCUCGUGUCGGUCUCCCAACCGGACGAUCUGCAGGCGUCGGUCCCAUACGUCACGCUCAACCUGCCCGACUCGACCAUGCAGCUCGCAUACAACUCGGUCAAGGUGUAUCGCCCGGUCUUUGUGAUAUCGGACCAUGAGAUGCAGAUGCAGAUUGGGCUCAAAGUGGGGGAAGACAGUAUACAGCUCGCAUCGUGGCGGUCGAUGGAACUCCUCCCCAACCUCAAAUCGUACAUUAUCGACAUUCUCGCUUAUAGGGAUAUCGACGAUGUCACGUCCGAGCAGGACCGCCUGAUCAUCAAGCACGGUAGCGAGUCCGUCACAUUCGUUACCAAGCCGGAUCCACGGACGGGGAAGAGCGAUACCUCCCGGGCGAUACUGCGGAUGCUGGAGCAGGAUCUGCGGUCUGCGCGAGCGAGAUUUCGCAAUGCGCCGUCUCAUCAGCGUACGCUUCGGCCCAAUGAUGUACCCGGGAGACUGCUCAAUAUCGCGCUGCUCAACCUGCACUCGACGGACGAGGUGCUCAGGACGUCAACGUACGGGCUGUUGCAAGAGAUCGGGACUUGUUUCCGGUACGACUUUGGGCUCAUCAAAGCGCCAAAUGUGCUGGUCCCACGCAAUGCCCUCUCCUUCGCUCUCUCCCUGUCUAGAACCCUUGCCACGACCACCCCGCACCUGACCCUUGAGUUCGUCAAGGAAUGGAUCAGCGGCUUUCCCCGAACCGGCAUCCCUCAGCAGACCGCUUGCAUCCAGUACAUUUCACCUUGGCUGGCCAACCUCGAGCCGUUCGCAAAGCCCUCCCGGGACGACGCGAGCGAGACAAACAAGCAGGUUACCGAGAUUGUUAGGGGGUUGAUCUCGUUGACAGUGGCGGAAUACACCGGCGUACAUCUUCUUUUGCAAGAGCGGAUAUGGCAGCCACUGCUGGGUCUACGCGGUGCUUUUAUGGACGUCAUCCUGGCUGAGCUGCUUCAGGCCGCGGUCGACGCUGGAUUUGGCUCGACUAGGGGGGAUGUUAUCGCCGACAUACUCGUCUCCCUGGCAAAUACCACGGUCCGAGGGAAGGUCUUUACAAGGUUACGAAAGACCAUCACACAGACCUACCUCCACGUAUCCAUCACCCUGGAAGAUAACGAGUCCUGGCAGGAAAUCUGCGUUCUCGCUCGCUUGAGCGCAAUGCUCGCUUAUCAGCCCUCGGCGUGCCUCGACAUUCAACUCUUCCUUCCCGACAUCAUACAUUCCGUCACGUUGCUCGUCGGGACCGGGCCGCUUCUCAUGCGGCAAUCGACCUAUGCGCUGCUCGUCAACACCCUCCAUUCGCUGGCUUCCACACAGCCCACAGGCGAGAUGGACGGUCCGGUCUUGGUCGAGCUGCUGGCGAUGGCGCAGGAGGCGGCGAUGCUGGAGCAUUUCAAGCUGGUCAGGGCUGGGAAUGAGCUGUUGCCCAUGCCAAAGGAGGGAGACCCUUUUAAUGCGGUUGAGGCGGCGGCCGGGUUAUUGAGCAAAGUGGUCAUCGCUGCUGCACCAUCAAUAGACUGCGCCAACUCGUGGCGAGCAAGAUGGAUGGGCAUGGUCGCAAGUACCUGCUUCCAGCACAAUCCUGCCACCCAACCUCAGGCCUUCACCGUUCUGGCUGCCCUGGCUACCGAGGAAGUCGACGACGACAUCAUCUACCAAGUCCUCAUCGCCAUGUCGAGCAUCCUCAAGACAUACUCGGACCGCCACUCCUUCCUCAUCACCAGCAUGGCGCGGUGCCUCGCCAGACUCCUCCUUCCCCUCACUCCCGAUAGUCGGUACCCUUCUGACCUGUUCUGGGUCGGUAUCGGUCUCCUGCAAAUGGGCCACCUCCCACUCGUCGCUACCGGACUCGACUUGGUCACCGCCGCCCUCACCUGGCUGGCCACCAACGGCGCGUUCCUCUCCGGUCUCGAUCGCGCCCUUCUCGAAGAUCGGUCGGGGAACGAAAAGCUUACCGGGGAAAUCGACCACAUCUCUGGCGUCAAUUUCGAGGGCAAUCUCCACUUCUCGCUCGUGUCCAUCAUCUGGAAAGGCGUGCGACAUCCCGCUAGCAAGCAGAAGACAAUCGACUGUCUGCUGUUGCUUUGCCGACUAUCGUCCGCAGAGGGCCACCCAUACUUUGUCAGCUUGCUGCCGGUGGUUGCGGGCUCGCCGGAGGAUCUGGCGGCGCUGUUUGAUGCGGUCGAGAUGCCGGUACCGAAGGAUCUUGGGACUGCGGCUAUCUUUGAUAUGCUGGAGAUAAGGGACAGUAACACUGCACUGCUUGUCGUUACACUGGCGAUCACCAUGCUCAGAACAGCUUCGGCCGAUAAUGAGCGUGUCAUCCUCUACCGCCUGCUCGCUGAUGCAUGCGAGCGAGUCCCAGAUGUUGUUGCUUGGACCUACGACACCUUCAUUCCCCGCGCGGUCUCCACCCUGGGCAAUACCACCAACCCCUCCAUCAUCGCUACCAUCACCUCCAUCCUCAACCGGGCCAUGGCUGAUCCCAAUUACUCCUUCCCUGCCGCCGAGAUGGGGCCUAUGGACAGCUCCAUCAGCCUCAACCACGGUAUGGGCAGCUUGCACGCACACGGCCGGAGCUACUCGGCAAGCAUCGCGUCGUCACCCGUGCCUGCUGGACAGGGACCUGGGGCGAGGAUGUUGGAAGAUCUGAGGCUGAGUGGCCUGGGGGAUAUGAGCUUCAAUAUAGGAAGGAACGAGCGGAUAGGAAGGAUCGCUCGAUUAUCAGGAGAACUUAUUGCGCGAUUUACGGCUCCAUGA